AUCCUAUCCCUCAAAUAAUCGGCAGCUUCAACAACUUGAUAUUGUGUACAAAAGAGCCUCAGUGAUCUAGAGAAGAUCAAUCUAUAUUCCAGCACAUCAUGACAUCUGCAGAGUACAAGUGUUUGGAUGGAGACCUGAAAGUGGUUGACAGCAUGAAGAGUGAUUUCGACGAACAUGGAUACAUCAUGGUCAGAAACUUUUUGGAUUCAAAAGAGCUCUUGCAAAUCAAGAAGGCAUUGGAGGACUAUGACAGUGUAACAGGCAAAAGCUAUAAAAUAUCUGAUAAGGAUGGGAGGGAAUGUAGGUUAGCCCUCUGGAGUCAUCCAGGCAAUGAUGUAACAGGAAUGGUGGCACGCUGUGAAAAAAUGGUGAACACUUGUGAAAUGUUACUAGGUGGGGAUGUCUACCACUAUCACACAAAGCUGAUGAUGAAGAAUGCAGAGACUGGAGGAUGUCAUCUUUGGCACCAGGACUAUGGGUACUGGUACAAAAAUGGAUGUCUGUUUCCCGACAUGUUGACUGUUUUCAUUGCUAUUGACAGAUGCAAUGAAGAAAAUGGCUGUUUAGAGAUACUGAGGGCUUCCCACAAGUGUGGAAAGAUAGAUCAUUUGAUGGUAGCUGGCCAGACAGGGGCUGACAUUGACAGAGUUAUGGACAUCAAGAAUUCAGGACAAUGUCCACUGGAGGUGGUGGAGAUGGAACCUGGGGAUGCUCUUUUUUUCCACUGCAAUUUACUCCAUACAAGUGGACCAAACUUUAGUCCUCAUAGACGAUGGGCUUUCCUCACUGCAUACAACAAAGCCUCGAACAACCCAGUCCUGGUUCACCAUCACCCCCAGUACACACCUCUUUAUAAGGUCCCUAAUUCAGCCAUUCUUGAAUGUACCAACUUCACAGACAUGACAGGAAAGGACUUCCUUGAUCCCAAGAACGACAAGACAGUGGUAUCUGUCGACCGAAAUGACAACGAUGGAUCUCCCGAGGAAAAAAAGAAGAAGUCCAGUGAAGGAACAUAGAUGAUCCUGUCACAAUGAAAAUUGUGCCUUUAUAAACGUGGGAUAUACAAACCUUGUGCCUUUAUAAACGUGGGAUAUACAAACCUUGUGCCUUUAUAAACGUGGGAUAUACAAACCUUGUGCCUUUGUAAACGUGGGAUAUACAAACCUUGUGCCUUUAUAAACGUGGGAUAUACAAACCUUGUGCCUUUAUAAACGUGGGAUAUACAAACCUUGUGUAGAUCAUGCUGCCCUUAUUGAAGUGAUGUUUACGAUUUUUAGUCGGCGGGAGUUAUCACUCAUUCAAGUACAUGGUAGUUAAACAUCAUUCUUAUUCUCCCUGUUACGGAGUACGAAAAAGAACAAUUUGUAAAAAGUUGGAUUUCCAACAAUGCUAAUUUCCCAUAGAGGUCAACCUAAAGAUUUUUCACCCUUCGAGACCACUCACCGACACAUUGCUUUGUGCCAUCUAAGUUGGUUCCCUUGGCUUUAAAUUUAAUCCAAGUUAAUCAAUGCCAUGCUUGCCUAAUUAGCUAAUUACGUAGCUAAAUUACUAAACUAUGAAUGCUCUUUGUCAUAAAACAAAUAAGAAAUUAUUCUUUCAAUAAAAUAGGAAAGUUUGAGCCAGAAACUAAAUAUCAAAAUACUGAAACAGUAAAGUAUACUGCAGAUAUUAUUGAUUUUUAAGCAUUUUGUGAGAAAAAUGUCAAAUUUUUGUGAACAAAUGACAUUUUGAAUGUCUUCCAUAUUAGUUUUUCCAAAAUAAUUUAGCGGAAAGAUAACUUUAUCUUUUACCUUUAUCCUGCCCAUAGAUCUUAAAAGAUCUUGUUCAAAGUGUUGAUUUUUGGCUUAUCACCCCAAAGACUUGAAUGAUAGAAGACAUAGGAGACCACCCUGUUACACUCCAAACCUUCAUGUACGCAGGUGCCUCUCCUAAUUAUAGAAACGCCUAGCAUGCAUACAAGUAACACCAACAUUUCCUUGAAUGACUACACCUGUUAAUCAUAAUUAGGACGUUAAAUAUAUUAUAUGACUUCUAUUUACUAUCUACUUGAAAUAUAAGACUUCCCCAGCAGAUUUGGUUGUUUGACGUUUGAAAAUCAGAUGGCAAUAACUUUACUGAUGAUCAAGUGCUUUGAAUGUGUGCUGUGUGCUGUGUGCUGAGAUAAACAAAUGAUUAAACUGUGUAAUUAGUGAUGAUUCAAUGAUGUUGAUUUUACCAAUUAGAGUCAAUAUUCUUUUAUUCCAUGUUCUGAUGAGCGAUUUAAGUUGAAUCAGUUUCUGAUCAAAGUUCAACUUGAGUAUCUCGUUCAAAUUGACAUGAAAUUCAAUUCCAAGAUGUGAGAAACUGUUUCAACCCCACUGUAAAUGUAGUUCUGAAAUAAAUUUCUCAGAACUGUAUUUCUUACAACCAAUCCAUACACCAGAGUUUUUGAAAUAUUCAUUUUCAAUCCUGAUAUCUUUGCAUUAGAAGAAGUUCUUAAAUUGAUUCAGGAAAUGACCUUUCUGUACCAUCUAGGGCAAGUGAAGUAUCGUCCCCAUAUUGAGACAGAAGUAUUGGACAGUUAUCAAUAUCAAUAACCUUAAUUUCACCAUUAUUUCUUAAUCUAACUGCCAAAAUUUCAGCACACAGAAUAAAUAUAUAAAGUGCAAUAGGGUCACUUUGACGGCAACCGCUUCUUAUUGAAAAAAAUGGAGAUAAAUUCCCACCCUGAUUAAUAGCAGCAUUAGCAUUAUGUAAUAUUUUAACCCAUGUUAUCAUCCUACUUCCAUACCCAAAAAAUUGUAAAACUUUUUCAAUAAAUAACAAAGAGAGACUGAAUCAAUAAUAAACUGUUUUAUUUACUUCUUAUGCUGUUUUGAAACCCAACCUUUGGGAUGAAAUAUUUUACAUUCCACUCAUAGAUUUUAUUUCGUCAGCAGCUGCAGCAGAGCGUAUGAUGUAACUGCCAUAAAUAUUGAUUGUAAAUAUGUUUGUGUUCAUUAUUUUAUACAACCAUCAGUUAGUAUGACAUUUUCUAGCGUUGUCCUCCACUCCGUCUCGCUGCCACAGUUUUCAACCAAUCUAUCAAACUUGGUAGGCUAAAUCACUAGGAUAGAAGUUGUGUUUUCUCAAAAGUCAGUUUGAUAAGACUGUAUUGCCUUUUAAUGUUUUCCUGAACUAAGUCUCGUCCAGGCAUCACAUCAAUGAGUGGUCCAUCGUUUCAUUCAAACUUUGUAAGCAUUAGAACCAUGGCAUAAAAUUGUAUUUUCCCUGAUGGCAGCUGGAUUCAACAAUGUCCUGUAUGGGGACAGAUGGGGUAUCUUCUCCCUUAGCUUUAAACUAAUUAUUUUUGAUUUAUAAUCAGAACAUAGAAUUGUGGUUUUUGGGUUUUAUUAAUGUUUUUAUUUUAUCCUGAUAUCUCAUCAGAUCCAACCAAUUUUUUUUUAAAUCUGAUUUGAGGUUGCGUUUUUAUUGAGGUCAUUUAUAUUCAACAAUAAUGUCAGUAUUUCAAAGAGGUAUUGCCCUUCAGUCAUUUUAGCAAUCAAGCUAUUUCCAGUCCGUCUUUUAUAAAACUUGUUAUGCUUUAAUUUAUCAUCAAAACAAGAAGAACUAUUCGACCUAUUGACAUUUUGUUGCAGUAUUCCGAUGUCCACAUUUGUUUUCGUUUAGAUAAAAUUAUUUUGAGUAUUGCUUUGGCACGGGACAGGUGUAUAUUGUUCGGCCAUGCUGUACUCCUUAUUUCAUUAUAUUGUCUCACUAAAAGUAAAUGAUAUGUCCGUAUCGUAUACUACAAUGCACAUUUAUAUGCUGACAGUGUUUGGAUAUAAUUUUCAGGGACAGCAUCAGUGACUACAAAUGUGAUAUCAAAUAAGCAUUACCUGCUGUGAUACCACUCUGAUUGAAUUGUUCAUCUGUGAUAUUGUUUUUUUGUGAUUUUCAUGCCAAUAAUUGUUGUGUUCUGAAAUUUGGUAUGCCAGUACCAUUAAUGAAAUGAGACUCAGAUGGAAUAAUGCUAUUGUGAAUAGAUAGAUAAACAGAAGAUUUUCCUGGUUUCUUUAUAAACAACCAAUAUUUCUCCAGGUGGUUUGUGAAUUUUGUAUAUACAUGUAUAUAUCUCAUAAGCAUGAUGGAGUAUUAAUAUUUUACUCAAGAUUAAAACAAUAUUAAACGAGAAAUCAUUGAA